AUGACAAGGCUAUUAUCUGCUGCUGGUGCUGGCACCUCGCAAAAUGAGACAGAUCUCGCGGCUGUGCCGCUCAGCUUGUCGCUCUUUGAUUCUUCAGGCAACCCACUUGAAAAGACCCUCCAAGAGCCGAUCGUUCUCUCGCUCAGCGGCGACGACCGCAAUGCCGUCUGUGUUUUUUGGGAUCCGGAGAGGCUUAAAUGGUCUCGAGAAGGUGUGUCCAGAGUGCCGGAUGGCUCCUCGUCUAUCAGUUGCCAAACGACCCACUUGAGCAUUUUUGCCGCAAUGCGUUUCGCAGAGCUGGACUUCAAUGAGGCCUUCGAUUGUGCAAGUGAGACGUUUCUCUUCUCCACUGAGUCUUUGGGGAAGAACUCCAGCUGGUGGCGACAGGGAGCGGCAUCGGCACUCUGGGCUGUGCUGGUUCUGAGCAUCAUCGCUCUUUUGGUCGCUCUGAGCCGGGAUGCCCGGAGCGACCUGUCGAAGUGGAGUUGGGAGCUCCUUUCGGCGCCACCGCUUGGAGAGGACGACUUAGAAAGUGAGAAGAGGGAGAAGGAAAGCUUCAAGAAGCAAAGCCACUCCGAGCCCCCGCUGUUAGAGCGGGUGAUGAUCUACUGCUUCCGGUGCCUCCAAGCCUUCCAUGUGGGGGUGGACGUGGACACGCUAGGCCUCAGCCUUGUGUUGGCCCAGGACCCCACUGACCGUGAUCCCACACCUUUGCGCCGUGCAGCCUUGGACCUCGCAGAGGAAAAGGACCUCUUUGCCUCGGCCACUUCUGCCAUCUGCAGCUUCACUGGAGCCAAAAGCCUCCUGGCCAGAUUUCUGCUGCUUUUUCCAGCCCUUCAUCCUGGCACCGGCCUCCUGGCCAGCAGCCUCUUUUAUCCGCGCUGCUCCGUCGUCAUCUUAUUCUCUUGCAGGCUGAUGGGUCCCAUGGCGCUGAACGUCUUCGUGCUGCAGAGCUUGGGCAUCGUUUUCAAGUAUUCUCCGGAGAAUGCCUGCGAGGUCCAAGAAGCUCUGGUGAAGCCUCUGUCUGCUGCCAUGAUCUCGUGUUUGCUUGGGCAAUGUGUCGUGGUUCUUCUCCGGCGCUUACAGCUUUACGACUGGUCGAAGGAAAGGGACUCGACUGAUGAGUGGCUUCGGGUCCAGCAGUGGAGGAGACGAGUGUGCUUAUACUGGACUGCGAGCUUGCUGUACCUCGCCCUCAGCGUUCUUUGCAUAGCUGCCUUUCUAUCUUCCGUGUCUCCAGGGGAUGGCACGUACUGGCUCUACGGUGCUCUCGUCAAUUCCGUCUUCCAGCUAUUGCUGGUGCCAUUUCUCAAUGCCUUCAGCCUCGCGCUUCUCUCCAUGGUGGCUCAAGUCAGCAAGCCCCGGAAGAAUGCGGAAGCAGAGGGCAAGGGCACAGGCUCAGAGGGCUCAGGCUCGCUGGAGGGGAUGCAGAAAGAGAAGUCGGGCUCUCAACCCGGAACCCCAGGGCGCUUUUUUUCAGGAUGCUUGCUGGAAGACUACUUCGCUGUCACAGAGUCUGCCAUAAAACCCGACUCUUCCCGGUUGGGUUCACUUGACUUGUCGCCUCUUCGAGACGAUGGGAUUGCUUUCGAGACCGGCUUCAGUUUCAAGCCUGAGACUGUCGAUUGUGAGAAGGAAGGUGUGGGGCGACCAGAUACUCCUAGGUGCUUUGAGGCAACAGCGCAACUGGGCCAUGCUGACAAGAAGCCCACAGGCGGCUUGCUUUUGUCGGGAAGACCCAGCAGCCCGUUCCAGCCAAUGGCUGCCGGCUUGGAAGGUUGCAAGUGGCGGGAAGAUGGCGACGUUCUUGAGCUCGACUUGUCUCAAGACUUACCAGGUUCUCUCCUGAACCAGGCUUUCGAUCGUCUUCGACCAACCUGCGCAAUGCCUUCCAACAAGGGCCUGGACAGCGACAGUGAGGCCUUGUCGGAUCUUGUGCUGGACAUGCUUGAUAUCGAGCGGCCGCCUGCAAGACAGUCCUCGGACUUCCGAGACGAAGAAGGACUUGGAACGCUGCGACUCCACUUCGGCUCGGAAUCUCUGGGCCGCACGAUGACAUGGUCACGGAAAGUGGAGCCCAAUCUCAGCAGCAUCCAGGAAAGCCAGGAUGACUGGCCUCAGAAGCCUUUCCACUUCAGUGACGAGGUUUUUGACGAAGGCGACAUGGACAUGUCUGACCUACACUGUGCAUCUCCCGUCAAAGGGACGCCAGAGAGUCAAGCCAGUGAUGUGGCUUUCGAUGCAUUCCCAGCGCGACAGCGAACGGCAGUUUUAGGCAUGGACAGCGAUGGUGGUGCGUGGGCCUGGGUGAGACCUUCCCAUGUACCUGACCCAUAUGGGACCUGGAGCUCCUCGGAGUCCUCCGCUUCUUCGGCGGCCUUCGAGGAGAGCCCUUUUUCGGCCUCUGCCACGAGACAGGAUGCUUCUCUCCGGAAGAGGCUUGCGGACAGCAGCUCCCGAGGUGACGUGUUUUGCGUUGAUGUCGUCUCCCCAUCGGAGGAGGAUACACGGGAAGAGGCUUUUGACUCUGCAGAGGUGAGUGACUUGCGGCACGCCUCGCAGGCCGAUGCGAUGCAAGCAUGGACUGCCGUCUCCUGGACCCCAUCUGUGCAGGAGGCCGUGCCGCAGUGGAGCAGACCACCAGACAGGCAGCGCAAAGUGCCGCUGUUGGGCGAAGAGCGACCAUGGAGGAAUUGGCUGUCUCGUGCAGCUGCAGACACGUAG